UUUUUUUUAUUUUCAUUUUCUUCUCCUCUACAAAACCAUGCCGAACGACGACAAGGACGAUCCCGUCGACAAGGCUCGCCUGAAGCGCUUUCGCAAGAUUGAAUCGACUGUGGCGUUGAUGUCGGCGACAGACGGUGUUCCGAUCUACGACUUUAAGAGCUCGCUGCUCGGCUCGACCAUUGCCUCGGUCUUCACUGGCACCGAUUGCAUUGAAUGGCUCAUGCGCAAUUACAAGUUCUUUGACCGCGACGAGGCGAUUCGCUUUGCUCGCAUGCUCCAUCGUAUUGGCUACAUCUUCCCCGUCGACUCUUCCAGCUUCAAGGACGAUUCCAGCCAAUGCCGCUUCCAGACCCCUUACUUCUGGCCGUCUCAAAUGUGGGAGCCGUCCGACUUUGAGUACGCCGUCUACCUGAUCAAGCGCAAGUUGCGAGAGAAGAAAAAGUACCAGCUCGUGGACUACGAGCUGGAGGCGAUUGCCUCGCUCCAGCGCCGCCUGAGCAACCGCUGGGAGUUUGUUCUCAUGCAGGCUGAGGAGCAGGUCAAGUCUUCUCGUCAUCGCACCAAGAAGGAGCGUCAAGUGUUUGACAGCCAAGAGUAUGCCUUCUGGCGCAUUCACCGUCCUCCGCCGGACACUCCCGAUCACCGCGAGGUCGACCCCCGAAAAGCUUUCGCCAGCACGGCCAGUGAAAGCAACAAGACAAAGUCGCCCGCCCAGCUCGAGGCCGUUCAGUUGGCAGCGUUGCAAGAGACUGUCACCCAGCUCAAGUCUGCAAUUGCACGUCCCAAGAUCAAGGUUUCUCUUGCCGGAGAAGGAUUGGUCUCGCGGUGUGAAGUCUACGCGCCGUACGAUCCAUUCAUCACUUCGAUGGAGCCUUCCAACCCCUGGAUUACCGAUGACACCACGACAUGGGACACGAGCGACAAAAACCGCAUCGAACCUUCCGUCAUGUCCGCCAAGCGCUGGGGCAUUGCACUUAUGGAGCUGCUCAACGAUCCUCCCGGCUUGGCGCUGUUCCAGCAGUACCUCAAGAAGGAGUUUUCGGAUGAGAACAUUAGCUUCUGGCAAGCAAUUCGCACCCUUCAACGUGUCAAGCCCUCGGCUGUCAAGCACGAGGCCAAGGUGUUGUACGACAACUACAUUGCGCCGAACGCGCCGCACGAGGUCAACCUCGACGCGGCCACGCGUGAAAUCACCACGCGCAAUAUGGACAAUCCUGGCUACGAUUCGUUCGACGAAGCUCAGGCGCACAUUUUCAACCUGAUGGCGAAGGAUUCGUACCCACGCUUUUUGCGUUCGGAUGUCUACCAGAAUCUGAUCAAGUCUGCCGCUUCGUCGUAACAAGCUCUCCUGUUCUCUUUCGGGUUGUCAGUAGAGCUGCACCCGAAAAAAAGCAACGUGUUCAGUUUUUAUGUUUUGUCGAUUCAGUUUUCUCCCCCUGUUUAAUUUUUUCUUGGUUCUGGUGUGUUUGCACUCUGAUUCUGGCUUGUUUCCCCCGUCACAAGUCUAGGGUUGCGUAGUGCGGUUUAUGCUUUUGAAAUUGAAUAAACUACAUGCAAGUACAAACAA